ACAGCCGGCAAAAGGGUGGGCGGGGCAAGGUGCGUCCACGAUGCGGCGCGACGCGACGCGACGUGAGCACUGCGCUUUUUGCUCAUGGGUAGGCGAGAGCGGCGCGGGCGGCGGCCGGCUUCGCACCGGGAUCUUAUCCUUAUUGUCUUUUAUUCCGUUCUGCGCUCCCUGUCUCGUCGAACGUUCCUACGAUCUCCCUUUGAAACGAUCGCCGUCUGUUCUAACAAAAACGGCUUCUAUAAAAGCGUAGUAUGCCAAUAUGAUCCCUAUUAUAAAAUCGUUGCUUCUUUCUCCGACCGAUAAAUGUAUUGUUUUUUUCUGUGAACAAGUGUUUUGAAUGUAAUAAUAUUUUUCUUUUUCUAGAGUUAAUUUAUAUUAUCGUAAAGUAGGACUAAUCAUCGGACAUUAUGAAUAUUUUUGAUUCAGUGUUUCACUUAUUAUUUCUACACAUCGUUAACUUGAUAUGUGGAGCAGCACCCGAUGUUCAGACUAGUGAAAUAUGGAACGAGUUAUGCAAGACGCGGGCAGCAUCAUGCGAGACAAACGCAUCGAGUGUUCGGAGACCUGUUUGCGGUACCAACGGACGGACUUACGCCUCAAGGUGCCUGCUCAUGAAGGCUCAAUGUAACGGAGAACUUGUUGCCAUAGCCAGAAAAGGGCCGUGUCUAGACGGGCAGUCGUCUUGUCUAAUCGCGCAUCGAUACGCCCUGAACGCCCAAGCCCAGCAGAGAGCUCCUAGACCAGCGUACAUCCCUCGGUGUCGGGCUGAUGGUACCUAUGCAGCGGUGCAAUGCGGCGCAUCAGGGACCACAGCUGCCGGAUGCUGGUGUGUCACUCCCGACGGGAAGCCGCUGCCAGAUACAGCUGUGAGGAAUGGAAGACCCGACUGUACUAGAACUGGUAAAUCACACGCAAGGCGGCGUUCUUCGAUUCGCGGUCAACGUAACAAAAAGAGUUGCACCCGGACUGAUCGUGCUUUGUUCAACGGGAACUUGAUUAAAAUAUUUAAUGGAGAAUACGAGAGGAUGCGGUCCGAAGCCAGCGGUCUCGCAACUGAAUCAAAGAUCGUAGCUGAGUGGAAGUUCAGAGAACUGGACCGAGAUAAAAGCGACUCACUCCAAAAGUCCGAAUAUAGGGGACUGAGGAAACUUAUCAAGAAGGUAGUCAAACCGAAGCGAUGCGCCAGAGCUUGGGCUCGUGGCUGCGACGGGAAUGGCGACGGCGAGAUAGCCCGGGCCGAGUGGACAGCCUGUUUACUAGCAAACCCGGAGCCCCCUACACCGGAUUUUUCUCUCCGUUUCUUCAUGUCAUUGAACGCAGACGAGGACAGCGGUCCGGAAGUCGAGCCUGAUUACGAAGAGGAGCCGCCACCGGACCCGAGUUCAGUGUUACCAGGUAUGCGGAACUCAUUCGCCCCGGACGGCUCUGACUCGGACUCGAGGAGAGAGGACGAAGCCAACGACUGCUCUACAGACCGUCAAGCUGUUCUGGACGAACAGAAAGCAGGUGGUGCCGCGCUGUAUGUACCCGAAUGCACUGGCGAUGGACGUUAUGCUCGCGCUCAGUGCUACAGGUCAACUGGAUACUGUUGGUGCGUCCACCAAGACACGGGGAAACCUAUACCUGGUUCUUCUGUAAAGGAUAGACGACCCGAUUGUGAUGCCGCACCACAGCACGCAAGCCCUAUGAGAGGAUGCCCUGAGCCUACGAAGGCGGCUUUCCUGAAGGAGCUGAGAAGUUUCUUUGCGUCCAGAAUGACUGCCUCGGGAAAUGGAACAGCACCCGGAGACAUGGUGAAAUGGGGUGCUUCAAGGGAAGAGCAGGCCGCAACGUGGACUUACGUGAUGCUUGACAAAGAUAAAGAUAAAGCUUUAGAACGACGAGAGUGGAAAGCGUUUCACCAGCUGAUAAACAGCGUGGACUCUCUGAGGAAGUGCGGUAGGAAGCUGCCUCGCUAUUGCGAUGUCAAUCACGACAGCAAAAUCAGCAUCACAGAAUGGAUGGCGUGUUUGGAGGUCACCCAGGUCUCGCAAGGGCAGACAACGGAAGUGACAAAAUUGCCGCCUAAUCCAAGAAGGAAAGGUCCAAAUCCUCUGGAGUCUAUUCUGAAAGCUGAUGACUGAAUCUAAAAAAAACUCAUACAGACACAAACAAUGCUAGUGCCUUAAAAUUUAUAAAUUAAAUAAUGAUUAGGAGACAAAUGAUAAACAUUAAUAUAAAUGUUUAGUUAGUUAUUUUGCGGAGUUUCUAUGAGAUUCUCAUUCGUGUUUGUUAAGGAAGAAAUUCGAUAUUAUCAUAAAGCUACAGCAUUUUCUUUUCGACUUUUUCUCACAUAAAAAUCAGAUGAUACAUUAAAGUAGGAUCGAAUGCAUAUUUUAUAUCAAAAUGAGAAUUGCUUUGUGGUAAAAUCGUUUUCCGAAUAUUAAUUGUGUAAUUUAUUUUACUUUAAUCACUAGGCUUUUACUAGUCUCAUAUUUUGUAUUUUAGAUUAAGUAAUCUCGCCUUUUGCCUAAUGGAAAAAAGUAUUACAUAGAUAAUUUCGUUUUAUUUUCAAAAUGGCUAACUUAUUUCAUAAUUACAUUUUUAGAAGGAGGAGUUAAAUCAGACCAUGUAUUCAUGAGGCGCAUUCGUGAAUCUCGGUCAACUAUUUCCUACCUACUCGCCUGUAGCUGCGAGGGCUAUUCCAACAACGCGCGAUUUGGUAGGCGAGCUCAUAGGCCUCAGUCUGAGAGACUCGAUUAUGUAUGCAUAGUACUAUAAUGCAAUUAUAUAUUGGUCUACUCGGGUGCCGCUUAUGGUACCGUUGAUAGCCAGAAACCUUCGCUGAACUACUAACAACUCUACUGGAUACAGAACGCGAUUUAGAUAAGUAAUUACCACUUGAAGGAGGAAAUACUAUUUUUAUAUAUUUUACGGCUGUUAAAUUUAUCUUUUAGGAAUAUUCCAGAACAGCAAAGGUGCCACUAUACCGUAAUUAAAAAAAACCAAUCAUAAAUGAUUGUCUAUAUGGACAUUUCAUCAUCAGAUACCUGCAGUAUAUAACAAAUGUUGCUGGCUGAUACACACAAUUCCUCUAAAUGCUUUAUGCGGCGCGUCACUUGUGUAUGUAACAUACAGAAUUGUUUGUUAAUAAAGCUUCGUUUGCGAUUUUUAAUCUUAACCUGUAUGAAAGGAUCAAGAGUUUAGUUUUACCUAGACACGGUUUGUGUAACGGUCUCAAUGCACCUUUGAAAUGUUUUGUUGUCCUCUUCAAAGAUAAAACAAUUUUAGGCAGUAUGAAAUUGACAAUUUGAUAUAUGAAAUUAAUGUGCCCUUGGAUUGCCGGCUUCAUUUCAAUUUCAAUUUAAAAUUUAGUCCAAUUUUAAGGACGUAUUGACAACUAAUACGGUUCUCUUAUCGAUGAACAAAUUAGAACAAACAACAAAUAUAGCCCAUAUUGCACCGCUUUUUAUUUGCACUUACAACGCAGCAGAAAAUUGAGUACUAUUGAAAAAAAAUUAUUUUAACAAUUAUUUCUUGAAUCAUUUUCAAAAGAAAUUUUCUCAGUAGUACAGAGUAUUUAGAUUUUAAAGGUAUAACGAAAUUUUACACAAGAAAAUAAACAAAUUGUUAGCACAUCAAAGGUAAUUAUUUAUUUUAAAGCAGUAUUUUAAAUUUUAAGCGUCAGUUAAUAUGGUAGACCGAUUGUUUGAUCUUCUCAGUUCAGAAAUAAAUUUAAAAUUAAUUUUAAGAAAUAGGACAUUAUCAAGAUUCUUAUAAAUUAAACAUAUUUCUGUUACGUAAGAGAUAUUUGACAUUGUCUGCUUUCCUAUGUUGGGCAAGAAAUUUUUUCCUAUUUUCAUUUACUAUGUUGCUAUUUGGUGAUCAUAGCAAGUAGGCCCAUGUUUUUUUUUCUACAGGACCCAUAUUGUGCAUUCACUAUAUAACCAACCUAUUGUCAGUUUAUAAGACACAUACUGUAAUAGAUUUAAUUUCUAAAAUGCUUGUCUUUAUGUCAAAUAACAAAGAUUUGCGUUAUAUUUAAUACUAUUAUGAGCAUUAAAACAACAUGUAUAGUGGAAUAGUAUAUUGCUUGCCUACAGGUUACAUUAUAAUGGAAUUUAAAUGCAUUUGACAAAUAUACAUACAUGUAUAAUUAUUAUAUCUAAGUAACGAUUAUUAUGAUCAACUACAAUUUGUGAUAUUUUGUCAUAAUAUAACAUUGCUGAAUAAAUAAUUUAAACAAACAAACUA